CGCCUCCCACUUCUGUGCGCUCUAGGGAAGAAGCGGGGGGGCGAACCCGACGAAAACAAAGGGGCCAGCCUACGCCCUUGGGGAUUUGGCACUGCUGUCUUCUCUCUCAAACCUUUCUAGACGUGGCAUGAUGGAGGGGGCAAGGAAAACUUCAGAUCUGCAGAAUUCAAAAGUUAACCUUGCUCCCUCCCGGCUGCUGCUCGUUGGGUCCCACGACAGUUAUACGGAGUGGAGGUUUUUCGAUGGCCGCGGUGGGAGAGACGGCGCGGCUCGUCACAAUGGUGUCUUUUUGUCUUUUCACACGUUCAUGUUUUCCAUCUAUACUAGUACUAGGACUGUUGAUACUACAUAUUUUUCUUAUGGUUACGACUACAUAAUAUUUUUGCCACAACUCAAGUCACCUGUGAUGAGAAACGAUCUUGCUCAUAUUGUGUGGAUAUUGCUAUGCAUGCUGCAAAUUCUCUCUUGUGCAAUCUUUGUUGAUAUUUCCCACUCUCCCUCCUCUUCUCCCUAAAUCCUUAUAACCUGUCCCACCACAAACAGAAAGCGGGAAACUCAAAAACGUACUUUAUGCUACCAAAAACAAACUUGAAGCCAAUCAAUCUAUCGAGCAAUGACAUCAAAAGGCCCUCCCCUCCAAACAACUCCAGACUCCCAUACGGGCUUGCCACUCCAAAACACAAGCCAUAUUCUUCUCUCUCUCUCUGUAGCUUGCGACUUUUGACUGUCCCUUCUUUUUGCGGCAGCAACCGAUGAUCAAGAAAUC